CGAAGUGAGAAGGAAAAAGAGUUGAAUGGUUCCCGAAGCCGUUGAGAAAAUCCCACAUUCGAGAUAGAAAAUGAACAUUUGUAGGCUCCGUUCCCGCCUUGUUCUUCUUCAAUCUGUUCUGCAUUCAUCUUCUUCAAGAUUACAAGCUGUUGUCUCGGAUUAUAGUGCAAGAAUUUCAAAAACUUGGAUCGAUUAUGGGUUUCGGCCAAAUUUCCAAGUAUCAAGAUCAUAUUCACGUGAUGAGCGCAAACAUUAUGAUCUUUUUGGAAAAGUCCGGCCUGGUGAUAAGGAAUUCAGGAAAGCCUGGGAAAAACAGAUGAAUAAAGAACAAUCUACUUUAUGGACAGACAGCGACGAUGAGAAAGACGAUAAAGAAGCGAAAAAAAACCGCCUCGAAGACGAGAUAAGAAAGGUAAGGCAGCAGGCAAAAGAACACUCAGACUUGAUUGAUGCUGAUGAUAGUGAUGAAUUAUGGAGUGUUUGGUCAGGAAGCGACGAAGAAAAAACCUUGUGGACUGGUAGUGAAGACGACGACGACGACGAUACUCCUACAGAGGCCUACCCGAAUGAAAGUAGUGACAAAUACAUAGAUAGAAUAUUUGAAUUCGAGGAAACAUCGAAAUACCGAACGAUUUCGGAGCUAUUGAAAUCUGAACAGGAACCAGAAGAGUUAUCCCCUGGAAAACAAGCCAGGAAAGUAGCAGUGGAGAAUGCAUUGAAGAAGCUGAAGAAAGGACCGGAUGGGCGAUAUACCAAUGUGUGGGAGGUCAUGAGUGAUAUAGACAUCUUAAUAGGAGCAUUCGAAAACAUAGUCUCAGGGCCUGAAUAUGCAGAGCUGAGGCAGGGAGGGGAGAAGAAACUGAAUAUGCAAUUUUUCAAGGACAUACAAGCACGCAUGAGAGAUCCAAAUUUCAAAUUCUCACAAGAACUGAAGCUGAAACCAAAGAGCAAAAUGGUUUCCCAAAAGAAGUGGCAGAAAGCUCAGUCUAGACGAAGGAAAGCACAGAAGCGAUGAGUAAGCUUUGUUUUGCUACCCUUUAUGACUUCAGAAGUUAUCUGCUUAUUUAUGGAUUAUAGGCUUAGUGUUCACAUGUCUCUGUGAUGGCUGCUUGCGUUCAUAACUAAAGCACACAACCGCAUAGUUUAUCAGAAUUCUUGUGGGCAGAUCCCUCAAAUAUAUUAGGUUCAUCUCU